UGACGACGCUUACUUGCUUGCCCAUUGCGACUGUCUUCGCGUUUACCUUAAAAUUUUGGCUGUACAGAAAGGGCCACUGUUCACCCCUUUGCACGUGGAGGCUGUUUUGGCAAUAAAUCAAAGACUCUACAGCGCUCGGUCCAAGCAUCGACUCUAUGAACCGGUAUCGCGGGCCUACACUUGGCAAUCCGUCCAAAGCAACGGCAUCAACUCUAUGCCAAAAAUGUCUUCAACGAGGACACUACAGCUAUGAGUGUAAAACUCCAUCCCAAGAACGGCCAUACUUGAGUCGGCCUUCUCGAACACAACAGCUGCGAGACCCAAAGCUGCUUCCGAAAUUGACAAGUGACGUGCCGAAUGAUUUAUUAAGAAAGAAGGGUGUUGCCGAUGAACUGCUAGCGAAGCGGGAGGAAGAAAGAGGUCGAAAACGCGCAAGGGAAGAAAGCAUUGACUCCCGACGAGGCCGUUCGAGAUCAGCAUCUUCCUUCUCAUCCAGUUCCGUUUCUACUAUAUCUACCAAUCGCUCCCUAUCCCGCUCGCCCAGCCCUCCGAAAAGUAGUAGACAUCAUCACGGCCGACACAGCUCCCGUCGUCGCAGGUCGCCGGUGAGUCCCGUUCGCACGAAAGCCAGUCAUAAGAGACGGAGAUCAUUGUCCUCUGGUUCAUAUCGCUCUGGCUCUUCUAUUGAGAAAGGGGACUCAGCCCAAGCCCGUGGUCGAAACACAAGAAGACGCCGAAGCUCCACAAGCCCUGUUGUGCGCGGACGGCAAAGGAGUCGAUCGGGCCCCACCGCCAACUUUGAUCACAAGCGAAGCAGAAGCCGAAGUAUGGAUCGCAGCAAGAUCGCUCGCACGCGGCGAACCAUGACACCGGAAGAAUAUGACACCGAAGGAGAGCGCGAGCAAAGAUCUCGACGAAGGGCGCAGCGGAGGUACUCGAGCAAUCACGAUCGAUACGGCAGGAGCUAUCGGGAUGGUGACUUCUCUUCGCAGGACAGACGUGGCCCGGAACCCCCUCCUGCUCCUAGAGAGAGAAGCUUAAGCCCGUACAGCAGACGUUUAGCAUUGACUCAGGCCAUGAACAUGGGCCGCUAAGGUUAUAGGGGGUUUUUUUUUGUUGUUUGGAUGGUUCGGCAUGUGCGGUUGGAUUUCAUCUCCGUGUUCUGCUUGGAGUUUGGUGCGGAGGUUCGAAUUUUUUUUGUUGCUUUCCAUGGAGCGUACCACCGCUUGUGAAUGUAUCUUGUCACAGCCCACUUCUCUUUGCAAUUUCAAAAGAUGAAUGAACCCAAGA